AUGGAGUCGCGGCGCACGCGGGUGGAACAAAAGGGCCGCUUUACCAUCACCGAGAUCAUCCCCGGCUCGCCCUACUCGCCGCGGCUGUCGUCGCCCACGUUCCAGGACGACGAAGUGUCGGUCGCGGACUUCCCCGCCGCUGUCGUGAGCGACGCGCCCGCGUCCAACGGAAGCUGCAGCGAGGUCGCCACGAUCGCGCCCCAACCGGUGCAGGGCGUUGACCUGCACCUUGACGAGCUGGAGAAGCCCGCCUCGAUCGGAGCUGUGCAGCCCCCGCCGCUGAAGAUGGAGGAGCCGCCCGAGACCCACACGCAGCCGCCCGAAGCUGUCUCGGUGCCUCCUGCACCGAUAGAGACGACGCUCACAAUCGUCCCCCAAACGGAACCUUCCUCGGUUGUUGUGGACACGAUCUGCGAGGUGUCGACGCCCAGGGCUGCUAGCACUAUCAUUACUGGUAGUGCGGCGCCCGGCUCGCCGUCGAGGAAGUACUCGUCGCCCAAGAAAAGCACGCAGCGCGCUCGCCGGGUUAAGCGCAGAGGCCGCUUCACCAUUAUUGAACUUGCGUCGGACUCCCCCACAUCGAGAAAGAACGCCGACGACGUACGACCAGAGCUCAGCCGCAGCUUCGACAGCAUGGAGCGUCGCCCCAAACCGAAGCGUGUCACUCGAUCCAUGCCUCGACUGCGACAAACUGCAGCCAUUCGGCGAUCACGGCGACGCAGUGAGAGUCCGGACCGCGAGUUUAUCGAAUCCACUGACAUGGUGGACCCUAGUGGAAAUCAACAACAGCAGCAAGAAGCUGCGGCGUAUGCUAAACUCCAGGCUCUGCCAGCAGUGGAGGGCGCGGAUGCACUGGCCAACGUUGCCCUAACGACCGCGAUGGCGGCAUCUGCUGCGACUGUGGUAACGGCGAGCACGAGCAUGGCCACCUCGAUGGGAAGUGUAGCUAUUCCCGACAGUAGAUCUACUGGUACUAUCGCUCAUAGUACCGUCACAGUUGCCCCAAGCGCUGUAACUGGUGCUAUCGCUGCAAGUACUGUCACAAUCGCUCCGAAUGCUGUAAGGCCCGUCACGCCGCCUACACAGCUCAUGCAAGUUGGAGAAACUACCGGUAGUGUCGUCACCCUCCCGCAAACUUCGGUCACCAUCUCGGCCGCUCAAUUUCUGCAGCAGCAGCAGACGAUUGCAUCGCUUAUCCGACAGCAGCACGAUCUGAAGCAGAUUAUCAGCGUGCUUCAGGAGCAACAGCAGCAACUCAUGACGAUCCCAUCGCAGAUCAAUGAGCUCAAGCGUCAACGAGCAGGACUCAGCAACGGGGAGACUCGAGAAGAAGAAUUGCGAGAGCUGUACAUGCAGGUGGACAAGCUGACCCAGUCCAACGAAUCUCUGCAUUCGUUGCUCAAUGCAGCGGAACGUGAGGCGCGCCACCGCACUUUGGAAAUUGAGUGUUUGUCGGAAGAGAACGACGAACUGCGUCACCGCUGCGGGCAACUUGAAUCACGCUACAUCGAUGAGCGCAAGCAAAGCUUCAUGCUUGAGGAAGAGCUGCAGCGUUUGCGUAUCCUGUCACUGACCCGACAGGAACAGCAGCUGCGUCAGCGACAGCAGCAGCAAAAUCAAAAACUCACCAGCUCUCAGACUAGUGUCGCUGUCGAGUAGAGUGUUAGCUAGUGCCCAAUUUUCAAUUCAAGUGACUAAUACGAUUUCAGCGUUUAGUGUAU